GUUUAAGGCGGGCUGUACAGCGCAACCAUACUCAUCACAAACACCUAAGGGGCGCAGAAGGCACGUUACAUAUACUCGCUCAGUGAAGUGGCCGCAGAAAUGGCGAGCGUACACGAACCUCAAGCAUUUACCACCUAUGGGUGGAUCGCAUGCAUUUGGAUCCUCAUAGUGUCUUUCCAGUAUGGUUACCACAUCUCGUCCCUCAACCAAAUCCAGGCGGUGCUUACUUGUCGAAAUGCAAUACCAGAAAGCCCUACGGUGCAUUACGGCCUGCCGGCCUGUAUACCCAUGUCUGAUGCGACAUUUUCUGUGCUCACGUCCGUCUACACCGUCGGCGGUCUCAUCGGUAGCCUUGGUGCCAAUCUCGCCAUGGAUCGCUGGGGCAGAAAGGGCGCAUGCCGCGUUAGUGCACUUGCGACGGCAGUCGGCGCGGGAAUUAUGGGUAUAUCCGCCUCCUUGACAUCCUUGAUACUAGGACGCAUGCUCACAGGCAUUGGCGCUGGCGUCGGCCUGUGUGUCGGACCAAUCUUCCUCUCUGAGAUCACUCCGCCGAAGAUGAGAGGUGCUAUCGGCGUGCUGACACAGUUCGCCAUCGUCAUCGGCAUUAUGACCACGCAAGCAAUGGGUCUGCAGCUGGCAACUCCUAGGCAGUGGAGAAUUGUCCUUUUAUUCUCUACCGCUCUGGCCGCUUCGCAGCUAUUCGUUAGCUCGAUGAUGGUCGAGUCGCCGACUUGGCUGAACCGACAUGGCUUGCUGCAAGAGAAGGAUAAAGUGGCGCGGAGACUAUGGAAGAGCGGACAGAUUGUGAGGAGUCCGGAUCUGCCCACCUACGAUAGCGAGGAUCCGCUAUUGAACACUGAAGAUGCGGACGAGGAUGAUCAGAUCAAGCCCGUGGAAGAACAUGCAAUUUCCGUGCCUCAGUUGUUGGUGACUCCGGAUCUGCGCCGCCCGCUUACAAUCAUCUGCUUCUCGAUGCUUGUCCAACAACUGUCUGGUGUCAAUGCCGUCUUGUAUUACAGUAACGACAUCCUCUCCAAGGCAUUGCCUGAUCUUGGGCCCUACGUCUCCUUGGGCAUCACAAUUGUCAACACCAUUAUGACUGCCGCGCCAAUCUUCCUCAUCGAUCGUCUCGGACGAAAACAGCUCCUGUCCAUGUCGGCAGGAGGAGCGCUUCUCUCCCUCUUUGGGGUCGGUUUUGGGUUGGACUCAAACCUGACUUCUCUCGCGAGUAUCUCCAUCCUGGCUUUUGUGGCAUCCUUCGCUAUUGGGAUUGGUCCGGUUCCGUUUGUCAUGAUUCCGGAGGUCUCUCCGCGCCAUGCCGUAUCUGCGCUGUCGUCCGUGGCUCUGUCGCUCAACUGGAUUGCAAACUUCAUCGUCGGUUUAGUGUUUCUGCCGUUGCGCAAUCUGCUCGCUCAGGACGAUCCAGACAAGGAAGGCCGGGUGUUCUAUGUCUUCGCCGCCAUGUUGGCGUUGUGCACAUUCGUGCUCUUCAGGGUUUACAGAGGUUGAUUGAGUUUGCAUACUGUAUUUUAUGUCUUCUCGGGAAUUUCUAAGUGUAUCGUCGUACGUAUGCACAGUGGUAACCUGCCCAGCCCAUCAACG